AGGUGUGAGCAUGGCACUGGUUUUCUAUAAACCUGAGGACCAGGGAAGAGAAGCGAGAUCUGUUCUCGUGCCUCUGGCUGGUGAAGGUUUUGCCUUGUUUAAAACAGGGAGGACAGAUUUCUGAAAGACUCUUCUGUUCCUCUUCUUCUUUGGCCUUGGUUCAGAGCUCCCAGCUCCAGAACCUUUCUGAAGAGCUGGGUGCUGUGAGAUUUGAAGGGCUAUUGGAAGGCAUGGGUGUUGGGGCCUCUGACUUUCUUCCUAGGUUGGUGGCAGCCACCUCCAAGGAGAUGUGUGGAUAAGCGCUCACAGUGUCCCCUAAGGCAGCAUUUGGACACGGAUCUCUCUACUCACUCAAUGCCUCGCUGUUGCAGCCACCAGGGCCUGUUGUCUGCCCCACUUGUUUGCAGGACCUGUGGGCAUCUUUUCCAACCUGCAGAGUCCUUGCCAGGGCUGGGCUGCCGCUCCUCCUGCUAUGAUGCCUGGGCAGAUUCCAGACCCUUCUGUGACUGCAGGCUCUCUGCCAGGGCUCGGCCCCCUGACUGGACUCCCCAGCUCGGCCCUGACUGCGGAGGAGCUAAAAUACGCCGACAUCCGCAACAUUGGGGCCAUGAUCGCCCCCUUGCACUUCCUGGAGGUGAAACUGGGCAAGAGGCCCCAACCCGUGAAAAGUGAGCUAGAUGAAGAAGAGGAGCGAAGGAAAAGGCGCCGGGAGAAGAACAAAGUGGCGGCAGCCCGAUGCCGGAACAAGAAGAAGGAGCGGACGGAGUUUCUGCAGCGGGAAUCUGAGCGGCUGGAGCUCAUGAAUGCGGAGCUGAAGACCCAGAUCGAGGAACUGAAGCAGGAGCGACAGCAGCUCAUUCUGAUGCUGAACCGGCAUCGCCCUACCUGCAUCGUCCGGACGGACAGCGUCAGGACUCCCGAAUCAGAAGGCAAUCCACUGUUGGAGCAGCUGGAGAAGAAGUGACCAUGGGCUGGGGGACGGAAGAGGAGGACGAGGAGGAGGAGGAGGAGGAAGAGGAGGAUUUGGAACAUGGGGGGAGUUCGAGGGGUCCCACAGGGCCCUUCCUUGCUGCACGACAAACUUUACAAAGAGGCUCAGCGCAGCCAGCACUGGCUGGACUUCUUUGUGAAACUCCGAUCAGCCGCACGAGGGGAAGAACCAACGAGCUGAUGAAACCUAGAAGGACCAAGCGAUGAGACCAAAGUAGUCCCUCGGGUGGGGCUGUCCUGCCCAGGGCCCAGCUUGAAGGAGGCAGGACAGAGGCCCCUGGCCGGAGAGACACCCAACCAUAUGGCCUCUCCACCAGAGCACCCACCGAGGGACCUCGGAGCAGCCAGGAAAAGCCAUGAGUUGCAAACAGAGUGCGGCUGGGGAUGGAACUGAGUGGAACUAGGCCUGCCUGUCCCCAGCCCCAUCCCCUGCCCCAGCUGCGGGGCCCAGCUGUGCCGCCCACCAGGGUCCAGGGCGCCCCCCGCCCGGGAGCGGCAGCCGGGGCGCACCCUCGCGGGCCCCGCUGGAGUCUGCUGUGGGCACGAGGCGCGGGCGCCCUUCCAAAGCACAUACUCACUGAAUGUUUACAGACUGGCUGUCCAGGCAGGGCUUUUCAACUGCACAUGUUUUUUAUACUUUCUUUUUUUUUUUUUUAAUAUUUUUUACAAAAAAAAAAGAUUUUAUACAAGCAAUAUAUAUGGAUUUCUAUAAUCACUCGAUGUGAUAUAGUAUAAAUAUGCUAUGGUUUGUUUGUUACGAACAGUAUCCAGCAGUUUAUGGCCGUCGUGUGUAACUCCUAAGUACUGUAGUCAGGCGGCGGGGGUGGCGGGGCGGGCGUGGGGCGCGUCACCGUCCUGGUAAACCCUUCAUAGUACUCAGUCCUGUAUCGCUCAGUAAAUGUUACUCUUCUUACUCAGCCGCCUCUUGUGGUGAAUGGGGUGCAAGGCACGCUCAGUGGGCCUCCCGAUGUGCGGCAUCAGAGGACGUUUAGAGCAUCUGCUGUGGGCCCUUGGUUUUCACAGCAGCCCUCCCAGGUGAGUGUUCGUAUGCCCAUUUUACAGAUGAGGAAGUCGAGGCUCGGAGAAGUUAAAGAAAUGUUCAGCAGUACUUCUUUGGUUCAUUCACUCGCUCCACAAGUGCAUUGAACGCCUGUCACUCAGGUGCUGAAUAGUCGCCAGGCAUAAAACAAACCUAGGUAGGCCCUGUGCACGUGGAGCUAACGGCCCUGUGCUCGCUGCGUGCUCUGGCUCAGUCCUGCUCCUUGCCAGGGAGCAGCAGUUGUGUUCAGUUCACAGAUGAGGCGCGGGGAGAUUAAACUGGCAGCCACCAUUUGUUGACCUACUAUGUGAUGAGCACAUAUAGUUUCAUUUACUCUUGACAGCGUGAAGUAGGCAUCGUUACCCCCAUUUUGCAAACGACUUAACUGAGGCUCAGAAGGUAAGUGGCUUGUCCCAGAUUACCCAGUAGGGAGGGGCAGAGCUGGUGUUUCAGCUUGGCCUCCAAAAGCCACGUCCCUCCACUGGUGGCCAGCUGGCUGUGUGAUUAUUGAUUAUCGCUGUGGUGGAAUGUCUCAUCUGAUUAGAAGAGGAAGUGUGUGGGGCCAUGGUGACAUUUAGUUCUAGGGGACCCUGGCUAGAGCUCUAGGCUGUGCUGUGGUCCCGGAGUGAACCAGUGAUCUGGACAGAUGCGUGUCCCACCCAGCAGAGAGGGUGUGGAUAACUCGCCUCGGCCUCACUUGCGCAGCGGAGAACCGAAACCACGCGGCGGGAACGGCUCCGUGUGAUCCACCGUAGCUGCCAUUUAUGCGGCACACAGCAUGUCCCAGGUCCUUUGGUGCUGUUGUCUCACUUGAUAUUUCCCCUCCAUGAGGUGGGGGGUGCAGGGUGGGAGCAGGCGUUCUUAGGUGGAGCCGUGUGAGCCACGGCUUCUAAAGAUUCAAGUUCACCUAGCAAAACAGAGGUGCAACCAGGACCCCGCUCUUCUGCCUUCUAAUUGUGUGGUCUCUGUCCCAUCACUGGGGCUAACUCACUAGUUGCCGAUGAUGAGACUUCACGUCAAGGACAGCAGUGACCUUGGGUUGCUUCCCAAAUCAUGGACAAGGACUUCUGGAAUGCACAGAAAUGAGAGCAGGUCAUUAACACACCUUUGGCCCCUUAUCUACUCGUCUCAGGCCCCCUCCACCCAACACACUUAGUGUGGACCCCCUGAGUCCAGCCUUGGAAGCAAAGAUAGUCCGCUCCCCGCCAGCGGCAGCACGAGGAAAACCUGAGGCCCAUAAUCCUUUGAUAUUUUUCAAGCCAUGAGAAAACAGAGAUGUGGACUUACAAGGGCUCUUUGAGUGACCCAGGAGCUGUUCCUGCAGGACAGCCACAUGCCACUGGUUAUGGUGCCUUUGGUCCUGUGCUUGGGUGCCGCAAGCCUGUACCCCCAGGACAGAGUCCUCCUUCACCCCUGCGGAUGGGCUGUCUCCCAGAAGCACUGACUUGAGCUGUGCUGAGCCUGCCCUUGGACUUUCUUCUUCGGGACCACUGCUCCCUCCUAUGGGUAGCAAGAAGUCACAAUCACAGUCUUCCUCCUGAGAGCUGUUGUCUGCAUGCUUUCUUUAUGCCUGGCGCUUUAGAUGUGUGGCCUCGGCCAGUCCAUAUGACCUUGCCAGGAGGUAGGUGCCACUAUCCCCGUGUUAAAGACAAGAGAACUGACGUACCAAGAAGAUGUAACGUGCCCAAGGUCACAGUCCAGUAAGGUGUCAGGGCCAAGAAGUUCUUGCAGUCUGACUCCAGGGCUGGGCCUCCCCCUGAGGGGAAAUGCCCCGUGUUUGUGAUGUGACCUCAGUCCCCAGAACUUGGCAGGCACUGGAAGAGAUGGCACACGAUCAGUAUUCCUAACCCUCCGACGCCCAUCUCCAAGUGUACCUACAGAAGACAUACUUAAAAGGCAAAAAUAGGUUCAAGACUUAAUCUUCUGCUGACUAGCCCUGAGCCUCACUGUCUUAUCUGUCAAGUGGGAACAGUAAUAAUCCAAGUCUUUUCUAUCGAGUUGUCAGCAGGGAUCAGAUGAGGAAUGCAUGCAAACGUGUUUUAGGAAAUGUAAAGCUCCAUAAAACGGUAAUUAUCUUGUUCUCUGUUAGCAUGGGUAGUUGUUGAUAGUUACAACGUAGUGCAGAUUACUUAAUGUCUUUUCUUCUCUAGAGGUGGCCGAAGAGUUUGUGUUCUGGUCAUGUAUUCAGUUCCCAUGGUGACGAAUGCAGGGAUCUGAGAUUCCUAGGUUUGUCAGGCUCCUGCAUGGCCACGGUUGCCUGUGUCAGGCUCAUCAUCCCCUUCCUGGGCCUGCCUCCUACCAAGUGGUCACAAAUAAGGCCUGUGCCACCUCUGCCCCAGGGCUGCCAUGAGCAUCAGCUGUGCAACCUACAAGAAGAACAAGACCCAUCUGCAAUCAGAUGGGCAGAAACGAGUACAUGCUGGUCAGGAUAUGAAUGAAAGGGAACUUGCAUUUGCCACUCGGGGGAAAUCGGUGUGACUCCUGUGUAAACCAGUUUGGCAAUUACCGGUGAUUCUAAAGCUAAACACAUGCUUGGACCCAGCAAUUUCCCUCCUAACCACAUACCUUGGAAGAACUCUGGCACAGGGACCCGAAGUGGAUGAGAAUGUUCACUGAAUCGCUGUGGGUAAUAAAGAGAAACUGGAAACAACCUAAAUACUUAUGACCAGAAGAACAGAUAAACAAAAAUGUAUGUUUAUGAAAUCAAAUAUUAUUCAGCAGUUUAAAAGAUUGAACCAGGGCUACGGGUAUUGCUGUGGAUAAAUCAUGAACGUGGUGUCGAGCUGAAGGAGAGGCGGGCAAGUUGCGGGAGGGUAUAUGCAGUGUACCAUUUAUAUAAUCUUUCGGAACAUGUGAACCGAUAUUUUAGUAUUUACGGGUAUGCACAGAACUGGAUUAUGGAGGUAUAAAAGCAUGCACAGACUGCUAUCAAAAUCGAAUAUUAAAGUCAGUAAUAGGGAAUGCUCCUGGGGGCGGGGGGAGGUGAGGGCAGCAUCUGCAAGGCUAAGAAGGACAUUGGGUUUCAAAUGUAUGUGUAACAUUUCAUUUCCGGUUUAAAAAUCUGAAUCCGAUGUUGAAGAAGGAGGUUGCCGUUUGCCAGAAGUGGGUGAUAUUCUUCACGCUCUUCUGUAUGUUCGGUAUAUUUCAUAAUAAAAAAGAACAAGCCACAGCACAAA